AUGGACUAUCUUCGGGAUCAUCUUAUGCGUCGAUUAGGUGAUGAAUUUGCCAUGAAAGAUCUCGGACCGCUUAGUCAUUUUCUUGGAGUUCAAGUUACUCGAACGGGGAAUUCUAUGUUUCUUUCUCAGCAACAAUACACUAAUGAUAUUAUUGAACGGGCAGGUAUGACUUCUUGUAACCCGGUUGCCACACCCGUUGACUGCAAUCCGAAGCUCAGUGCCACGUCUAGUCCCGAAUUUGACAAUCCAACUCAGUAUUGUAGUUUGGCAGGUGCACUUCAAUAUUUGACCUUUACUAGGCCCGACAUUAGUUAUGCAGAUCAACAGGUGUGUAUGUACAUGCACUCUCCUCGUCUUGAUCACUGGAAUGCUCUCAAACGUAUCAUCCGUUACUUAAAGGGCACUGCCUCUUUUGGGCUUACUUUGGGCUCGAUUGGUGAUUUAUCUCUUCGUGCAUACACGGAUGCAGACUGGGCCGGGUGUCCUGACAUACGUAGAUCUACAUCCGGGUACUGUGUUUAUCUUGGCUCUAAUUUAUUGUCCUGGUCUUCCAAGCGUCAAGCCGUUGUUUCUCGAUCUAAUGCUGAAGCUGAGUAUCGUGGUGUUGCCAAUGUGGUUGCUAAAUUGUCAUGGCUUCGCAAUCUCCUAUUGGAUCUUCACAAACCAAUGUGUAAGGCUAGCAUUGUUUUUUUGUGA